CUCCAAAACUGUUCUAUGAAAUUCGGAUCAUGGACAUAUGAUGGAUCUCAGGUGGAUUUAGUUUUGGAGGAUUAUGAUGUAGACAAAAGAGAUUUCUUUGAUAAUGGAGAAUGGGAGAUAGUGAGUGCCACCGGAAUGAAGGGGAACAGAACAGAUGGAUGUUGCUGGUAUCCCUAUGUGACUUACUCAUUUGUAAUUAAGCGUUUGCCUCUUUUUUAUACCCUUUUCCUCAUCAUUCCCUGCAUUGGGCUCUCAUUUUUAACUGUGCUUGUCUUCUAUCUUCCUUCAAACGAAGGUGAAAAGAUUUGUCUUUGCACUUCAGUGCUUGUGUCCUUGACUGUCUUCCUCCUAGUUAUUGAAGAGAUCAUCCCAUCCUCUUCUAAAGUCAUCCCUCUAAUUGGAGAGUACCUAGUGUUUACUAUGAUUUUUGUGACAUUAUCGAUCAUGGUGACUGUCUUCGCAAUCAACAUUAACCACCGCUCCUCCUCUACACACAAUCCCAUGGCACCUUGGGUCCGUAAAAUCUUUCUUCAUCAGCUUCCCAAACUUCUUUGCAUGAGAAGCCACGUGGAUCGGUUGUUGAAGAUUGGAAAUUCAUAG